CACCCUAUCUUUCCCCUCAAUACACAAACCCAAUCACCAAACAAACGAAAAAACGUUUUUCCUGAUGCUGAGUCCAUUGAUUUGCGGAGCAAGCUUCCAGACCGACGAAGACGACCUCCCUUGCGGCGCCGCUUCGUCGUCCCCCUCGCCGAGGAAGCCAUGGGGCGGCCGGCGGGGCGGCAGGAACAACAGCAACAACAACCCGUACUCCGGCCGCGGCCUCGACAAAUUCUCGCAGCUCCUCUCCGAUCUGGCCGAGAAGCGGCGGGAGAUCUACUCCACCAUGAGCUCUCAGGAUCCGCCUCUCGUUCGCUUCGUCUUCCCCGGCGCCACCAGCGACGCCGUCCCCGUCGUCAUCAAGAUUCGAGAUCCGAAACCCUCGAAAUCGACAGAGCUCAAGGAUCAUCCUCAUCACAAUCACAACCAUAGGAAUUUGAAGCACAGUAAUUCAACAGCUUCCACGGCCGCGGCGGAGCAAGCCGUGACUAAUUCAACUCCCGAUCAGCAGCACAAGUUGCCAGCGGUAGGGGAAAUCGUCGAGGAAUCGGUUGAUUUUUGCGCUGCGGUGACAGGGAGCGGCGGCGACGCGAGGAGAUUGAUUUCGAUCUUCCGUCGGUCGUGGCGACGGCCGUCUGUUUAUGUCCCCGUGGCGGUGAUUCUGAUUCUGCUGUUUCUGGCGGUUUUCGGGAGGUCGGUUGCGAUUCUGUGCACUUCGAUCGGGUGGUAUUUGGUUCCGACUCUGACUUCGAAGCGGCCGGAGGAGAAGAAGAAGAAGGAAUAUGUCAGGAAAUUGAGUGGACCGAGAGCUACGGCAACCGAUCACGGAGGAAUAAGUUCGGCGUCGGCGUCGACGGCCACUUCUCCGAAGAGCGGCAACGUUAAGAGGAAGGAGUACACGAGGAAAUUCAGCGAGAUCAAGACGGUCAACGAGGGGACGGCUACGCCGCCAGCUGGAUCGCCGCCGCGGAAAGAAUUAAAGCACAGGAAGAGCUUCUGAAAAUUCGAAUCUGAUCGUCCUCGUUUUUGUUGAUCGUUCGGUUCCCUUUGAUUUGAAUUUUUUGUUUUCCUUCUUUGCAGUUGGGAAGUUGAAUUUUCUCAGAGUUCUGAUUUCUGUUUGGUUCCAUGUAAAAAACAACAAACAGAUGAAGACAUUUUUUUUUCUUUUUGUUCUUUCGUUCUUUUUGGUGUUUUGCCAGGAGUCGGGAUGGAAGGGUUCAAACUUCGAACCCGUUUGGAAUUGUUGAUACGCAAUGUAAAUUAUAUCAAUUAACAAUUAGUAUGUUA